AUGACGACGGCCGGUUUGCGAGGCAUAAGCUCGGCACAGAGGGGUUUGAAAACCGUUCCGUUUCAUCACGUGUUAUUCAUUGCUAGCCCAAUCCACUCGUUUAAGUGCGUCGCUGGCACCUUUGUGCGGUGGCAACCGAUCCUUCGGAACACCAACCACCGCGUCACCCGCAACCCCAUCCAGCCCAGGGCGUUUUCAUCUUCAACCACGACAGCCAUGGCGAAGUCGUCGGACAACCAAGAGGGCAGCCGCCCGUCGGCGGUGACGGCCACCAGACCCGCCACUCUCGCCGACGCCCCGACAAUCGCCGACCUCGCCGCCCACGUCUUCACGGUCACGUUCGGCCAUUCCGUCGAGCCGCACGAGCUGCAGGCGUUCCUCGACGAGUCCUACAGCCUCGACGCCAUCACCAGAGACCUCGAGGACCCCAACAGGGACACCGUCCUCGCCACGGACCCGGCCGGCGACGUCCUCGGCUUCGCCAUGCUCACCCGCGGCUCCAAGGAGCCGUGCGUGGCCCACCUCGAGGCGACCGUCGAGCUGCAGCGCAUCUACCUGUACCCCAAGGCCCACGGCACGGGCGCCGGCAAGCUCCUGGCGGACCGGCUGGAGGACAUGGCCAGGGAGCAGGGGUUCAAGCACAUCUGGCUGGGCGUCUGGGAGGAGAACUACCGGGCCAGGAAGGCGUAUGAGAAGUGGGGGUACAGGGCGUGCGGUAACCACGACUUUGUUGUCGGGUCGGUGGUCCAGACGGACGACAUCAUGGUGAAGAAGCUCUGA